AUGCGGCCUAAUAUCGCGGCGCUUGAACAGGCAGAACCUCGUCCCCGCAAGUCAUCCAUCGCCGAUCCGCCUGCGCCAUCCGACCGCUUGUCUGCCGCACCCUCAACCUUUUUCCUCUCACGGGGCGUAGACAGCUCACACAGUCCUCCAGAACACCGUGACUCGGCUCGUCUCGUUCCCGACCCUGUGACUUUACUACAAGAUUUCAUAGAAGAGACGAGUCGGCCCAGCAAGUCCGGACCCCGCCUUCCCGACAGCCAGCGCAGCGGCAGCCGAAGACGAUCAACGAUCAAGCCCGUAAGCUUUGACCGCACAAGACGUGACUCCUCUGUUGGUGGAACUACUCAAUCGCAAGGCUCGGUAGAGAGGCCUGUGACACCCUCGCCACUGCCCUCGACGGCAGCAUCGCUUCCUGAUAGCCCCGAAUCGUUAUCUUCCAGAUCCGUUCCCAAGUCAGAUGAAGACCUGACCAGCGAUGAUGCAUCGAGCCAGGCAGUUGCAUCAAGUGAAGAUGAACGGGAUGCGGAUCCACCUCCACAGGUUCAUGAUAGCCAGCCAGAGUUGAUCAUGCCCAGUAUCAAGAUGCCGAGCCGGCGGCCGUUCACCGAUCGUGGAAAGCGCUUGGGAAGGUUCAAGAUACUGGUCGCUGGCCAGAAAGGCUCCGGGAAGACUUCUCUUAUCAAGUCAAUUGUGCAAGUGUGUGAGGACAUCGUUCACGUGGAUCCGCUAUCUGCUACCAACGCCCCUUCGUCGAGCUUACCGGUCGAGACGUACGCCAGCACAAGGGCCUACCCCUCGUGGUGGUCUGAUCUAGACGAGAGCCGCAUCUUGCGUCGCCGCAAGAGCAUGGGCGAUUCUGUAUUGGAACGCAAUCUGUGUUUUGUUGAUACGCCAAGCUCCAGAAAGCUCGAGCACAUAAUCCACUACGCUGAGCGCCAACUAUCAAAGGCACUCGACGCUGCGACAACGGGACAGCAUGAUUUUGCUGCAAUGCUAAGUGGUCGUGGAGGCUCGCAGGUCGAUGUGAUCCUUUAUCUGGUCUCUCAAGACCACCUCAAAGACGACCUUGAGCGAAUCAGGCAUCUGUCAGAGUUAACCAAUGUUGUUACACUCGUCGCCCGAUCAGACUUGCUCAGUGCUGAAGAGCAACGAAUACUCAAAGACGAAGUCCCUAACACCCUGUCGGCGCUCCCAAGGUUGCCACCAUUCGGUAGAUCAGAUACCGACCUUGCCGAGACAGCGACAGCACCAUAUACGAUCACAUCUGUCAACGGUCCUGACUUAGAUACCAUGGACGCAUCGCUACUGAUGUCUCCUGAAUAUGUUCAGCCCCUCCUGCCCUCGGAACUAGGCUUGCUGAUCCAGAGCCUUUUCGAGGAUGACACCAUGUCCUACCUCAGGUAUUCUUCUGCCAAGAAGCUUUUGUCCUGGCACGCGCUUCAUCCGAAGCUCUCGAGGAUGCCUUCACCAUCGAUAGCCGCGUCCGUGCACAACUCGACGCUAGCGUCACCCCAAUUGACUUCUUUAAGCAACUCAGGAGUGCUUAUUCCGCAAGGCUCAGAGCUAUCGCUCAACACGUCUAACAGCUAUGCAUUGGCACGCGUCGCGGACCAUUCUGAGCGCGAAGAACGCCUAGCGCAAAUACGACUGUCCAAAUGGGCGAGCGAGUUGCAGCUAAGCUUGCAGCGAGAGCGAGAGAGGUACGAGCGCAUGGCACGCAACGAGCGAGCACUUUGGCUACUUCAAAGAAUGGGCGAAGAAGUCCGAGAUGGUCACAUUGUAGCCUCCGAAGCUGAUUACGCACAAGCCAUGGUGCGACACGAGGACACUGAGAAGUCUCCGACCCGCGCUGGACACGUCUAUCAACUUCACGAUCCGCUUGGACUGCUGCAGUGGAGACAUUCGAUCCGAACGCGAGGUUGGUUGGCAUUACAACUUGUCGGUAGCGUUGGCGUCGUUGGUGGGCUUGCAUUCUUCUGGCUGGCAAAGACAAAAGGCAUAACAAGCACCUUCAACGACUGGGCGCAAGAGUGGAGUGCUUGGUUAGGAAUGGCUGAAUGA